GCAUCUUCGACUGUGCCUCAGUCAGUGUGACAGAUCAAUCAUCCAGACGUGUUUAACGUUACAGCGCCGCACUUAUCUAGUACUCCGAUUUACAUGAUAUGAGAUCUGCUUGAUCAAGUGGUGAAUGAUGCACGGACGUGUGAAGGUAAAGUCCACCGCGCAGCAGGAGGAGGAGAAGAGGAAGGAGAAAGAGGAGAAGCUGAAAGCGUUUGUGACUGCUCGCGAUGCCGUCCUGAAAAAGAGGAGCGCUGGGGAGCAUGACGAGGAGGCUCUACAGCUGACCCGACAGCUCCUGUCCUCAAACCCAGACUUCGCCUCACUGUGGAACUACAGGAGAGAGGUGCUCUUACAGCUGGAGACCUCACGAGAGAAGGACGAGGUGCAGAAGCUGUAUGAGUCGGAGCUGCACUUCAUCGAGGCCUGUCUGAAAGUGAACCCCAAAUCUUACGGCUGCUGGCACCACCGCACCUGGGUAAACACGCGCCUGUCCCAGCCUGACUGGACUCGAGAGCUCGGCCUCUGCGACCGCUGCCUCAGCCUGGACGAGCGCAACUUCCACUGCUGGGAUUACCGGCGCGUGGUGGUGAAGGAGUCUGGUGUUUCUGUCGAGCAGGAGCUGCAGUUCACUGACCGUCUGAUCGGCUCCAAUUUCUCCAACUACUCCAGCUGGCAUUACAGGAGCACGCUGCUCCCUCAGCUCCACCCACAGCCUGCCCCUGACUCCGCCCCCAACACAAGCCCCUCCCCCACCACCUCGCCUCAGGCUCACUCACACAGAGUCUGUGAGGAGCAGCUUCUUAAAGAAUAUGAGCUGGCGCAUAAUGCCUUCUUCACCGACCCCAACGACCAGAGCGCCUGGUUCUACUACCGCUGGCUGCUGGGCAGAGCGGAGCGAGAGGAGAUGAUCAGCUGUGUGUAUGUCAGCCGGGAGGGAGAGAGGGUGUCUGUCGCCUUCUCCAAACCUGUUCAUGCUCAGUCAGAGGGUCUGAUGUUGGUGUUGGACGGUCAGCCUCAGCAGGUGGAGUGGAGAAGCACCCAUCCACGUCUCCGUCACAGUCCCGUCUGGCUGUGUGAUCUUCCUCCCGGCUCCAUCAGUGAUAUAAGUAAUGAACACAACCUGACCAUCCACUGGACAGAGAAACACACACACAGAGACUGUGCUCUCUACACAGGCUGUGCUGAAAGCUGGUGCAGAGACUCUGCCACGGAUCAGGAGCUCUUCAGGAGUGAGCUGUCAGUUGAGAAGAGUUCAGUGUUACAGGCAGAGCUUCAGUCCUGCAAUCAGCUGCUGGAGCUCGAACCGCAGAACAAAUGGUGUCUGCUGACAAUCAUACUCCUCAUGAGAGCUCUGGAUCCUCUAGGCCAUGAGAAAGAGACUCUGACACAUUUUCAAGCCCUUAAAGAAGUGGACCCGAUGCGCUCUUCCUACUACAGUGACCUGUGCAGCAAGUUUCUGAUUGAAAACACCAUUCUGAAGAUGGAGUAUGCAGAGGUGCGAGUGUUUAGCUUGUCAAAUAAGAACCUGACGACCCUGUGUCACCUUGAUCAGCUUCUCUUCGUGACUCACAUCAACCUCUCCUCCAAUCAGCUGCUGCGGCUGCCGCCUCAGUUUGCCAUGCUUCAGUGCCUCGAGGUGCUGGAGGCCGAUGAUAACGCCAUUGAAAGUCUGGAGGGACUGUAUCAUCUGCCUAAACUAGAAGAAGUUUCUCUGAGGAACAAUCAAAUCUGUAAGCUGUCUGAUCUUGAAUUAUUGGCGUCCUGCACCAAACUGACCCGUCUGGACCUGCGUGGAAACCCUGUCCACAGAACUGCCCACAUCGAGUCUGAGCUGAGCCAGCUCCUGCCUCUGGUUACUGCUCUGUCCCUGUGAUGUGUGUGUGAUUUAAUCCCUGUAAUGCUGUGGAGCUCACUAACCAUUUCUAAACCAUACCUUGUGUGCUGGGCCUAAAGGGAUAGUUCAGCCAAAAAGUUUAAUUCAGUCAUUUAUCUGUAUUUUGGUAGGCUGUAUAUUUGACAAAUGUUCAUACUGCUGUUUUUUCCAUGCAUUGGCAGUUCUUAAUGUAAUACAAAUCAAAUCGGAGGGGAAUAUUUUCAGUGCUGUUAUUUGAUUUGCGAGGGAAAUAAACUGGAAAAGAAUAACAUCAUAUAGGUUUGGAAAGACUUGAGAAAGAGAACACAUUAAAUAUUUGGGUGAACUAUGCCUUUACAAAUGUUCAGCAUUCUGGUUGUAUGUGUUCAUUUGUGUUUUUGUGUGAUAAAUGGCAGUUCACAUUUCAAAUAACGUUUGACCUCUAUACAAACCUCAUACUGCAUGCUUUGCCACAUCUGCUUUCAUAUUUUGGGCAUCAAUAUUGUUCUUGCAAUGUAUCAGUGAAGAUGCAUUUAUUUGGCUAUGGGAUUCCUAUGAAUUAGACACCUUUUUCUGUGGUGUAAAAGCUGCAUGAUUGUCUCUCCAUGCCAAUAAAGAAAGGUGGUUCUUCCUGA